AUGGACUUGGAGAAUUUUCCCAACACGCCAGAUGGCGCGAAACACGAGGCCUUCAUGAAACAGGCAUUACGAAUGGGCGAGAAAGCACUCCAGUCCGGCGAGACCCCGGUGGGAUGCGUGCUGGUCUACAAUGAUCAGAUUGUAGCAUGGGGCAUGAACGACACCAACCGAUCCUUGAAUGGAACCAGACAUGCCGAGUUUCUCGCCAUUGCCGAAAUGCUCCAGACGUACCCUAGGUCGGCAUUGGCUUCCACCGACCUCUACGUGACCGUCGAGCCGUGCGUGAUGUGUGCCUCGGCGCUAAAGCAGUACCGCAUCCGCCGGGUGUAUUUCGGCUGUGCCAAUGAGCGGUUUGGCGGCACCGGCGGCGUGCUCCCCUUGCAUUCAGAGUCUGUCUCUGUCGUUAAUUCAAAGGAAUCGAAUCAUGGGCUAACCGGGAAAUGCAGUCCAUCGAUUGACCCUCCAUAUCCGGUACACGGGGGUCUCUUCCAGAAAGAAGCCAUCAUGCUGCUCCGACGUUUCUACAUACAAGAGAAUGAGAAAGCACCCAAUCCCCGACCCAAGAAGAAUCGUGAGUUGAACACUAAAUUCGAGGAUGACGAAAACGUUCUGCCAGCGUGA